AUGUGUGCUGUUAUUAACACAACAGUUUCGAGUUUAGACGCGACUAUCAAAAAGUUGGAGAAAAGUGGAUUUUAUUGGGGCGCAAUCAGUGCCUUAAAAGCGAAAGCUUUACUGCGAGACCAGCCUACUGGAAAAUUUCUCGUCCGCGAUAGUUCGGACGCGAGACAUUUAUUCACGAUAACCUUGGUAACCGCGACCGGGAUCACAAACGUUCGAAUUGUUCUGUGCGAAGGACUUUACUCUCUGGAUAAAAAAGACACUUACACGACAAAAAGGAACAGCGAGGAACUCCAGCAUCGUUCUACUCCCAGAUUUGACUGUGUGGUGAAAAUGGUAUUCUACUAUAUGCUCGUUACAAGAAAGCUCUUACAAGGGGAUCCUUCGGAAACUUUGGAGAACACACGAACGGCGAAAUUUCUCUUGUGGAGUCCACUUUAUAAGGAAGUUUCAAGUUUACAGCACUUGUGCCGUAAAGCUUUGAACAACCAACUCCUCGCCAAAGGAAUCAAAGAUUUACCAGCUGUUCCAAACACAGUAAAGCUGUAUUUAUCACAAUACCCAUACCCAAUUUAA